UCGGGUGCUGUUGACCGAGACAAGACUUUACGUUAUAAUUCCAAAGUCUCAUUCGAUUGGUUAUUAAACUAGAACAGGAUAUGGUAAAUAGGAGACGAUAGUACAAUAACAGGCUAGCAUAAUGAAAACAGAGUUUUUCAUUUUGUCUCAUUCUCGAGCGAAUUAUAGCUUAGCGAUGCCUCGUCUAAAAACCAACUUCAUGUCAAGCAUGUCACUCGCCACAUCCCUUAACCAAGAUGUGCCUUCUACUAUGGUACACACAAACUCUGUAGGCUUUUCAAUCGAUUUGUACUCAAAGAAGCAAGCUUCAAUACCGAAAUUUUACCUCGACAUCCAUGAUGAACUCAGAUAGUUCCGGGUAUAAUACACGCACACAAUGGCCUAUAAAUACCGGCUCUUAGUGCCAAGCCUUCUAUCCCAGCGUUGGCCAUUGCGUCUAGGGGUGAACUAAGUAAAUCACCGGGUUAGAUUUAAGACAAACUUACAUUUGUAUUAGGCGAGAGAGAAUAUCGAAAAGGGAUUAGCUCACUCUGCUGAGCAACAGAAUACGGACAAGUAUAGAAAUGACAGGUUUUGUCAUAACACGUG